UUAAUACUCUUACCACUAACAAUAAAAAGAACAACUUAAACGACAUGUCAUAACAAAAGACUCCAAGAUUUCCCCCAAAUAUAGCAGUUGGUAGAAAAAGUUUGACAUAAAUCAACUCCAUUUUCCCACUUCUUCUUUCUACCUAAACUAACAUCAUUUUUCAUCAACACAAAACUCCAUUCAUCAUCUUCUCUCUCUAAACUUCCAACCUUCAACAAUGGCGGAAGAAUCAAUUUACGAAAAAACCUUCCAAAAAGGCACCAUUGUUGAAGUAAGCUCAGAGGACGAAGGUCUUCGUGGUUCUUGGUACACUGCAACUGUAAUUCGAAAAAUAUCUCGUAAUUCCCACAAAAUCUUAGUAGAAUACCACAAUCUCAUGACAGAUGACGCAGGUUCGAAACCUCUUCGUGAAUUCGUCGACGCCAUUCUUAUUCGCCCUAUCCCUCCUCGUGAACCUCACCGUAUUUUCUCUCUCAUGGAAGAAGUCGACGCUUUUCAUAACGACGGUUGGUGGGAAGGUGUAGUUACGAAACUUCUAGAACCUUCUAAUUAUUACUCUGUUUUCUUCCGUUGUUCUCGUGAACAGAUCGAUUUCUGUUCGUCCGAUCUUCGAUUGCAUCGGGAGUGGGUCCCACCUAAUUUCUGGUUUCCUCCUUUGGAUUCUUCUCCUUCUUCUGGCAAUCAAGAAAUAAAGAAACAAGAAAAUUUGACAUAGAGAUCUGACGUGGUUCACCAAUUGUGUAUUAGCUACAUCCACAUACCGGGGGUAAACCGUGCUGGGUUGCUUCAAGCGUCAAAUACAAGCCAAAGAAAAAGAAAUGGAGAAGAUGGGAGAAAUGGUGUUCAUUCUGCUGGUGGUAGAGAUAGGGUGAUGAGGAAUGUUGGAGAAAUAAAUGUUGGAAGGAGGAAUGGCAAUACUCCAACCAAGAAAGAUGGUUUUUUGAAGAAUAUAACAUGCCGGGAAGAAACACGGAGCAGUGACCUUAUCAUCAAUAAUGACAAGGUAACUAAGAAACGAAUGGCUGGAAAACUGAGUGUAAGUAGCAAUGGUGCGUGCAAGAAACAUGGAUUGGGAAUGAAUGGAAAAUUAAAAGAACCUAGAAGGAGAGCUAAUGCGGGUCGCCAACUAUUUAAAAAGUGAUGGAUGACGCUCACUCUAUCAUUCGUUGUUUCUUUUUUAAGAGCUUUCUGGAGGAUCCUAAUCAUCCUAUGCUAUUGAUUAAUUUUUGGUCAUGAACAAUUUCUUUUUUGGAGGUUGAAGGGUUACAGGCAUUGUAAUGGUUGAGCUUAGCAGAAGCAAGGUUUUGCUAUUGGGCCAAUAGAUCACAAACAAGAAGACAUUAUAUGAUGCUGAUUGUUAUAAAGUCUUUGUAGUAUUGCGAAACUACAUCUAGUACUGAAGUAUAUGUUUUUACAAAAUAUGUCUUCAGUACCUCUUUUUUUUUUUUGAGGGAAUGUCUUCAGUACCUCUCUAAUAGGAGUAAUUGGUAAAUCGCACAUCAUUUACUAGAUGUAAAUGUAACAAUUCGUUGAGACAAAGUGACUUUACCAACACCGUUUGUGUUCCUAAGCUUCAAAAUGGAAUAUUCAUUAUUUCAUCGUUCUUCAAAAAUGAUGAAAUGGAAUAUUCCUUAUUUCAUCAUUCUUCCUAAAUGGAAUAGCCACCCGUGCUAGUAAGUAGUAUCAACCCGAAUUUCAGGUCACGCCCAAAUUUGUAACAAGUAGGGUACGGGGUUAGUAAUUUCUAAUCAAUAAUACAACUAACUUAUCCGAAUUGUUACUACAGCCUAGCGUGAACCACCAACGAGUUUGAGCUACUAUGAACAUCAAAAGCUUCAAAUCCUACACCACACCCGCUCCAAAUUUCCCAGAAAUCUCAAAUUGCAAAAACAUCAAAGAAUUGAAACAAAUACAUGCCAAACUCAUCAAAACUGCCAAAAUUCACGACCCACUAAUAACUGCAGAACUCGUAAAGUGCUCCGCUCUCUCACUUGGAGACCUCAACUAUGGCCGCCUUCUCUUCUACCGAAUGAACCAACCUAACCCAUUCUCAUACAACACCAUUAUUAGAGCCAUUUCAGAGGUUGAAGAUGACCCACUUGAAGCUUUGUCUAUUUUUACACUUAUGUUAUGUGAUGAUUUUAUCUCUCCUAACAACUUCACUUUCCCUUCUGUGCUUAAAGCCUGUGCCAAGCUCGCAAAUCUGGGUGUGGGUAAGCAGGUUCAUGCCCAUGUCACAAAACUGGGUUUAGAAGAUGAUGAUUUUGUGGUUAGUAAUCUUUUGAGGAUGUAUGUUAUGUGUGGUGUCAUGGAUGAUGCUCAUGUAUUGUUUUCGCGGAGGAUUUUGCAUGAUGAUGAUAAUGUUAAUGGUGUUAGUAAGAGGAGAGAAGAUGGUGAUGUAGUUUUAAGGAAUGUGAUGGUUGAUGGGUAUGUUAAACUAGGUGAUUUGGGAGCUGCACGCCAAUUGUUUGAUAAAAUGCCUAAGAGAAGUGUGGUUUCGUGGAAUGGGAUGAUAGCGGGGUAUGCGCAACGUGGUUGGUUUAGGGAUGCUAUUGAGAUUUUUAGGGAGAUGCAGUUGGUGGAUGAGAAUGUUAAACCUAAUUAUGUUACAUUGGUUAGCAUCCUUCCGGCGAUUUCUCAUAUGGGUGCACUUGAAUUAGGCAAGUGGAUUCAUCUGUAUGCUGAGAGAAAUGAUAUUGAGAUUGAUGAUGUGCUUGGCUCUGCUUUAGUUGAUAUGUACUCCAAAUGUGGGAGUGUGGAGAAGGCAAUUCAAGUCUUUGAGAGCCUACCAAGAAAGAAUACCAUAACAUGGAAUGCUAUUAUUAAUGGACUUGCUACCCAUGGCCGUGCAACAGAGUCUAUUCACUAUUUCUCAAUGAUGCUAGAUAUGGGGAUUGAACCUAGCGAUGUUACCUACAUCGGUGUUUUAAGUGCUUGUAGCCAUGGUGGAAAGGUGAGUGAAGGCAAGAUGUUCUUUGAUCACAUGAUAAGGGUAGCUGGGUUUAAGCCUAGGAUUGAACAUUAUGGUUGCAUGGUUGAUCUUCUAGGUCGAAAUGGGCUCUUGCGUGAUGCUGAGGAAUUGGUAGGCAAAAUGCCCAUGAAACCUGAUGCUGUUAUUUAUAAGUCGUUGUUGGGUGCGUGUAAGAUGCAUAGUGAUAUCGAGAUGGGAAGACGAGUAGCCAAACAUCUCAUGGAAAUAGCUCCUUCUGAUAGUGGCUCUUAUGUUGCUCUAUCAAAUAUGUAUGCAUCUUUAGAAGAUUGGGAUGGAGUUACUGAGGUUAGGUUGUUGAUGAAGAAUAGAGACAUAAGAAAAGAUCCAGGAUGCAGCUGGAUCGAGAUCGAUGGAGCAGUCCACGAGUUUCUCGUAGAAGAUGACUCACAUCCGCAUGUCAAGGAAAUCCGUUUGAUGUUGGGAGAGAUAUCUAACAAAUUGCAAUCCAUAGGUUACCAGCCAAAUACCAAACAUGUUUUGCUUAAUGUGGAUGAAGAAGCAAAGCAGAGUGCCUUGUUCUAUCACAGUGAAAAGAUUGCUGUUGCAUUCGGGUUGAUUAGCACAAGCUCCCAAACACCACUUCGAGUAGUUAAGAAUCUUCGAAUAUGUGAUGAUUGUCAUUCUUCAAUUAAAAUGAUCUCGAAAUUGUAUAGUCGGAAAAUUAUUGUCAGAGAUCGGAAGCGAUUUCAUCAUUUCGAGGAUGGAUCUUGCUCUUGUAAUGACUAUUGGUAAUUUAUCAUGAAACCAAUGAUACUACAAUAUGAAGUAUUUCAUAUACUCGUA